CAUAUCUCAUCUGAAAAGUGUAAAUUAAAAGCGACCACAAUCAGGAACCCUCUACCUUGACAAAAUUGAACAUUUAUCAUCGCAUACCACUUUUAGAACUGCUACAGAAGACUGUGGAUAUAAUAAUCAAAAGAAGACGCCAUAGUUGGCUUUACUAGGCACUUAGGCAACUGUACUUUAAAUUGUAGGCAAUGCAUCUGUUCAAAACAUGGUUAUGGAUUUCUGAGCAUUAGUGAUGUCUCUAGUUGGACAGUGGAUUGAAGCCCAAGAGGGCCUCAGUGGCUGCACUUUAAAGUGAAAGGAUUUCCUUUGCUGUCCUCUGGGGCUCAAUAAUUAUAACUGACCAUGGAUACUAUUCGAAGCAGUAGGUACAGUGUAGUGUCUACAGAUGAAGAAGGUCUACGCCUGCCUUCCCUUGGCCUUAAUGGUCACUGGGCUGCCUCUCUCCAACAUUCCCACUCAAGACGGAAACGCCGCAACCGCUUUGUAAAAAAGAAUGGUCAAUGUAAUGUCUACUUUAACAACCUCAGCAACAAAUCUCAGCGUUACAUGGCUGAUAUCUUUACGACAUGUGUGGACACUCGUUGGCGUUAUAUGCUGCUUAUAUUCUCAGCUGCUUUUUUGGCAUCCUGGCUCUUCUUUGCCUUCCUCUUCUGGUGCAUUGCUUUCAUCCAUGGGGACUUCAGUGCUGGUGUAGGUGUGAUAGGUCCUGGUAAGACAGGUCCUCCUAAGCCAUGCCUAAUGCAUGUGAACAGCUUUGUGGAAGCAUUUCUUUUCUCGGUUGAGACACAAACGACCAUAGGUUAUGGAUUCCGCUGUGUAACGGAUGAAUGCCCGUUAGCCAUACUUGCUGUGGUAGCCCAGUCCAUUCUUGGCUGCCUUAUUGACUCUUUCAUGAUUGGAACAAUUAUGGCCAAAAUGGCACGUCCCAAGAAACGAGCUCAGACAUUGCUGUUCAGUCACCAUGCUGUCAUUGCUCUAAGAGAUGGAAAACUCUGCUUAAUGUGGAGGGUGGGUAACCUGCGUAAAAGUCAUAUUGUGGAAGCCCAUGUGCGAGCACAGCUAAUACGACCUUAUGUAACCCAAGAGGGUGAGUACCUGCCUGUUGAUCAGAAGGACCUGAAUGUAGGAUAUGACAGUGGGCUAGAUCGCAUAUUCUUGGUAUCCCCUAUCAUAAUUGUGCAUGAGAUUGAUGAAGAAAGCCCAUUUUACUCCAUGGGCAAGGAACAGCUUGAAGGUGAGGACUUUGAGAUUGUAGUUAUAUUGGAGGGGAUGGUGGAAGCUACGGCCAUGACCACCCAAGCUAGAAGUUCCUACUUAGCAAGUGAAAUCCGUUGGGGUCACCGAUUUGAACCUGUUGUAUUUGAGGAGAAGAAUCACUACAAAGUGGACUAUUCCCAUUUCCACAAGACCUACCAGGUUCCAGGUACCCCUCUGUGCAGUGCCCGUGAACUACAUGAGAGUCGUAUUACUGCAUUACCUUCACCUAGUGCUUUCUGUUAUGAAAACGAACUUGCUCUUCUCAGUCAAGAGGAGGAUGAGGAUGAAGAAGUGGUUGGUCAUAAUCCAGAUGAGGGUGUUAUACAUGUCAUGGGGAGCCAUCUAGAGCUAGACCGUCUCCAAGCCUCCAUGGCAUUAGAUAACAUUUCCUAUCGUAGGGAGUCAGCUAUAUGAGAGUAAUGGUAAUCUCCACUGUUUACACAUGGCUGUGCUAUAAGAUUGGUGUAGGUACACUUCUCUGUCUGCAGAUGCUGAUACCUGAUAAGUCAUGAUGUGUUGCUGUAUAAAACUAUUUUAUUAAACUUAUUAUGUUACUUAUCGAGCAAAGCAUUUAUGCUCUUUUCAGGUGGAAGAGCAGUAUGUUCUGUGAAUAGAGCAUGUAAUACAAUAUUUCAGACUGUAAUUCAGGGUGAGGUCACAUUUUGGGGACCAGCAAAGAUUCGAUGAAAUCAGUGUAACUGUAUAUAAAUCUUUUGUACAGAUAAAAUAAAUAAAUAAAUAAACCUUUGAAUCUGUGCUCUUCCAGAGUAAUAA